AUGCAUUCUCAGGAUGAAAUGCUCGCUCAAAUUUUACAUGAUCUAUAUGUUCCACGAGAACUACUUAAUGGUUUACCUGAAGAACAAAAACAAUUACUUUUUUGUAAAAUGCGUGAAGAACAAGUUCGAAGAUAUCAUGAACGAGAAGAAGAAAUAGAAGAAGAAGAUGCAGAAGUAAUAACAAUAACAUCAGGUAGAAAUAUUUAUUUAUUUAAUGAUAAUGAAAUGAUUUCGUUUUUUUUUUUUUGUUAUUAACGAAAACAAAUUGAAGAAAUAUCGAAUAAUAUACAAGAAGCACGUCGUAUAUUUGAAUGUUUAGAAUCAGAGACACGAAGACUUGUUUUGAAUAAAGGAAAUGAAGUCUUACAACAACAACAACAACAACAAUCUUAUUUAUCUACACAAAUUCCUCAAAUUGAUACUGUUGAUGAAAUAUUUUAUCGUGAAAUAGAAGAACGUGCAAAAAAAGCUGAUCGAGAAAGACGUGAAACAGCACGACGUGCACGAGAUAAUUUUCGUCGAAAUUCAUCACAAUUAAAUGUUUGUUUUGAUACAGAUGAUCAGACAACAAUUUUUUUCCAACCAUCACCGUUGAAUUUAUCAAAUAAAACCAAUCAAGAGAGCAAAAAUGUGAAAAAAAUUCCUAUUGAAUUUAUAGAAAAGAAUCUUCCAGUUUCUACAAAUUUAUCUAUUAAUAAUUCAAAAACAGUAACAAUCGAACAAGAACAAUUUCCACUUUCUAUUGUUGAACAUCAUCGAUCUAAACCUUUAUUACCUUUAACACGUGAAGAUAUUCGUCAAUGGUUUUGUAUAAGUGAAAUUCCUUAUGGUACAUUUCGUUCUCCAAAUGGUCACAUAUAUCCAUGGUUUCAUGGAAUUAUUAGUCGAUCUUAUACAGAGCAACUUCUAUGUUCAAAACCAAUUGGUACUUAUUUAAUACGUAUAAAUGAAAAAAUAUUUGGUUAUGCAUUAUCGUAUCGUGGAUCAGAUCAUUGUCGUCAUUUACUUAUUGAAGUUAUUUCAUCACCUAAACGUAAUGAUAAUCGAACACAAAAAUCGCCACCACUACAGCAUGUCUACAGAUUUUUAGGUGGUGCUAAAAAUGAAUUAUUUCCACAAUUAAAUCAACUGAUUGAAAAAUAUAGUAAUAUUCCAAUACGUUUGAAUUCUACCGAUGUUCUUCGUUAUCCAUGUGGUCAAAUAGAUGGUCAAAAGCCAGAUUAUGCUGAUUUAUUUAUUGAAAAUUUUAGUAACAAACAAUAUGAAUCUGUGUAUAUGCCACUGAGAACAACGAAACCAAUAGCUCAAACGAACACACAUUUGUAG